CACGCUGCCAUUUGCAGCUUUAGGUGUCAAUCACUGGGUUCCGGCUGGUGAUUUCUUGCCGGCACCUGAUGAUCACCGAGUAUCUCCAACGGGGGAGAGAUCUGUGUAUAAACAACACAGAUCUCUCCCGUCAGCUCCUGCACACUGCUUUGUAUGGCUCUGCAUAGCAGAGCCAUACAAAGCACACACAGCCUCAUAGUAAAACAGCACAGAGUUAACCCUUUGAUCGCCUCACAUGUUAACCCCUUCUUUCCCAGUGCCAUUAGUACAGUGUCAGUGCUUUAUAUUAGCACUGAUCACUGUAUUGGUGUCAUUGGGGAUGUCAGUAACACCAAGUCAGUUCCCCCCAGUGUCAGAAUUCCUGCCGCAGUCCCGCUA